UCCCGCUUGGUUCUUGCGCGUCCCUUCGGCUGGGCCGGAGAAGUUCCGAUCUCGUUGACCCAACGUAAGCCAGAUUUCGAGCUCAGACCCGGCUCCGACCGAGGGUCCGCCGGCAAGAUGGUGAAGCCCAAGUUCAAAGGACGGAGCACCAUCAACCCCUCCACGGCCAGCACGAACCCCGAUCGAGUGCAGGGAGCAGGCGGACAAAACAUGAGGGACCGCGCCACCAUCCGGCGCCUGAACAUGUACAGGCAGAAGGAACGCAGGAACAAUCGGGGUAAAGUGAUCAGGCCCCUGCAGUACCAAUCCACGGUGGCUUCGGGCACCGUCGCGAGAGUGGAGCCCAAUAUCAAGUGGUUUGGUAACACACGUGUGAUUAAGCAGUCAUCAUUACAGAAGUUCCAAGAGGAAAUGGAUACCGUUCUGAAGGACCCGUACAAAGUCGUCAUGAAGCAAAGCAAAUUGCCCAUGUCUCUUCUCCAUGACCGGAUCCGGCCUCAUAAUGCCAAAGUGCACAUUCUUGAUACUGAAAGUUUUGAAACGACAUUUGGCCCCAAGUCUCAGAGGAAACGACCAAAUUUAUUUGCCAGUGAUGUGCAGUCUCUUCUGGAAAACGCUGAGACGUCCACUGAGAGCUACGAUCAGGGCAAGGACCGCGACUUGGUGACGGAGGACACUGGUGUGAGAAACGAAGCCCAAGAAGAGAUCUAUAAAAAGGGACAAUCCAAAAGAAUUUGGGGUGAGCUCUACAAGGUGAUCGACUCGUCAGAUGUUGUAGUUCAAGUUCUCGACGCCAGAGAUCCAAUGGGGACCCGCUCCCCUCACAUCGAGACAUACUUGAAAAAAGAAAAACCCUGGAAGCACCUCAUCUUUGUUCUUAACAAAUGUGACUUAGUUCCGACCUGGGCAACGAGACGCUGGGUUGCCAUCCUCUCUCGGGAUUAUCCGACACUGGCUUUCCACGCGAGUCUCACGAACCCCUUUGGCAAAGGAGCGUUUAUCCAGCUUCUCCGGCAGUUUGGAAAGUUACACACUGACAAGAAACAGAUCAGCGUCGGGUUCAUCGGCUAUCCAAAUGUUGGCAAGAGCUCUGUGAUAAAUACAUUGCGUUCCAAGAAGGUUUGCAACGUGGCCCCCAUUGCAGGUGAAACCAAGGUCUGGCAGUACAUUACGUUGAUGCGUCGGAUCUUCCUGAUCGAUUGUCCAGGUGUGGUGUACCCCUCUGAGGACUCGGAGACAGACAUUGUGCUGAAGGGAGUGGUUCAAGUUGAAAAAAUUAAGUCUCCCGAAGACCACAUUGGUGCCGUACUUGAACGCGCAAAGCCAGAGUACAUCAGCAAGACGUACAAGAUUGAUUCUUGGGAGCAUGCCGAGGACUUCCUGGAGAAGCUGGCCUUCCGGACCGGGAAGCUGUUAAAGGGCGGCGAGCCGGACUUGCAGACCGUGGGGAAGAUGGUCCUCAAUGACUGGCAGAGGGGCCGGAUCCCCUUCUUUGUCAAGCCGCCCAAUGCAGAACCCUCGGCCGCCCCACAGGCUGCCUCCUCCUCCCCUUCCUCAUGUCUGGAAGCUGCCACAGAAACGGCUCCACACAGCCUGGAAGAGGAGCCGCCGGCCCCCGUCGGGGAGGUGUCGGCCUGUGUCCUGGAGAAGGACAGAGGGGAGGGCGAGGACGGCCCUCGGGACGGCAGCUGGGCGAUGCAGCAGAUCCUGGCGCGCGUCCGGCAGAACUUCGGCAGGAUCAACGUGGCGCCUGAGUUUUCCGGGGACGACCUGGUUCCCGUGGAGGUGUCGGACAGCGAGGAGGAGCCUGAGAGCUGCUCGGCGGGGGAGGAGGAGGGGGCGGAGCAGGAGUCGCCAGGGGACGAGGAGGAAGAGACUUGCCAGGAGUCCCAGGAAGAGCCAAUGGAACACGACAGCAGAGCCGUUCUCCAAGCCUUGGACGAAAAGAUCGCCAGAUACCAGAGGUUCCUCAGCAAAGCCCAAGCUAAGAGGUUUUCAGCCAUCAGAAUACCCAAGGGGCUGAGCGAAAAGGUCUUUGCCAAAUCUGAAGAGCCAGAAGAUGCAGAAGAUAAAGCACCGUCCAAGAAGGGGAAGAAGAGAAAGGCGCCAGGAGAAGAGGCGCAUGGAAGUAAAACUCGCAGGACGCUCACGUCCAAGGAGCGGAGGCGAGCAGCCCGGCAGCAGCACUCCAGAAAAGUCGGCGUCCGCUACUAUGAGACACACAAUGUGAAAAACAGGAACCGGAACAAGAAGCAGACCAGUGCCUCAGAGGGACAGAAACAGAAGCACAGAAAGCCCAAGCACAAUAAGCAGUAACGGGCCAGAGGUGUUUAUUAAAUUAUACAAAACCA